AUGACCGCCUCGUUACUCCUCCACUCGCACUGGAUCGACCCGGUGAUGUUUCUCUACAGCGACAGCGCCCUGGAGGACAGGAGCAAGAACAUGGAGGGCUUCAGCGGAGGCAACUUUGCGGCGAACCAGUGCAGGAAUCUGUUGGCGCAUCCGCCCUCGCUGGCCCCCAGCGCGACCUACGCUGCGAGCGAGGUGCCAGUCUCCGGUGUGGGGGAGCCGGGGAAGCAGUGCAGCCCCUGUUCUGGUACCCAGAGCUCCCCAAAUGCCUCUUUGCCCUAUGGAUAUUUUGGCAGCGGUUAUUACCCGUGCAGGGUGUCCCACAGCAGCGUGAAAACCUGCGCGCAACCGUCCGGUUACGCAGAGAAAUACGCGGAGUCCUCGGUUCCGGGUGAGGAGUUCUCCACCCGGGCCAAGGAGUUUGCCUUUUACCAGGGUUACUCAUCCGGCCCGUACCAGCCCAGCUACCUAGAUGUUCCUGUCGUACCUGCGCUGAGUGCUCCAUCCGAGCCGAGGCACGAGCCUCUGCUGCCCAUGGAGCCCUACCAGCCCUGGAGCAUCACCAACGGCUGGAGUGGACAGGUUUACUGCGCCAAGGAGCAGCCGCAGUCCAACCCUUUGUGGAAAUCCUCCUUACAAGACACGAUAUCUGCUGGAGACCCCUCAGUCCGUCGUGGCAGAAAGAAGCGCGUGCCCUACACCAAGGUGCAGCUCAAAGAACUGGAGAGGGAGUACGCCGCCAAUAAAUUCAUCACCAAAGACAAAAGGAGACGGAUAUCCGCGCAGACACACCUGACAGAGAGACAAGUGACGAUUUGGUUCCAGAACAGGCGGGUGAAGGAGAAGAAGGUUGUCAAUAAAUUCAAGAGUUCCAGUUAGCAAGUUUGGACACACAGUCUUUUUAUUAUUUUAUUUUAAAGGCGCACGUGGAGGC